AAGAGUGAAAAUAUAACAUUCUCAUUGGAAUAAAUUUAACCAAUUAUAAUUUUUCAUAACCACUCACAUUUAUUAUUAUUUUUGUAGUUUUAAAUUAAAAUAAAUUUUAUAAUUAUUCCUAAAAAUCUAAAUUUCUACUAAACACAUACAUAUGUUUCAAGUCUAGAAAUUAUAUUAUCGAGAAUAUUUGGAUAGAAAAUAGUUAUUCCAUGUUUGUUCCAAGGUAUAAAAAAAUUAUUCCCAAAAAUAAAAAUGUCUUGGAAUGAAAUGGCUUCCAUAAUUCACAUUAUUUUCAUGAGAAGAUGGGAAUGUUCAUCCUCAUGAAAUUUCACAUAAUAAAAUUAUAUGCCACACACAAUUUUUAAAAAAAAAACUGAAAAAUUAAAUCUUCAUAUUUUUAUUCUUAGGUAACUUAUUCUUAGAAAUUUUUUAUGUCUUGAAACAAAUACACCAUAAUGUUUGAAGUCUAACUUUUUAAAAUGUUAACAAAUAUCUUUAAAAUAUUAUUUAAACAAUUAAAAGAAAUAAUUUUUAUCAACAUGAUUUUCUGUGUAUUUUUACGAAUGAAAUUGUUUCAUUAUCAUAAUGAUGUUAGUUGUGUCUGCAUUAACAUUCAGUUGUAUUCCUAACCGCGUUUUGAUGUGAUUAUAUUUUACUAAGUUAACGGAAAAAUCAGGGUCGGCCCUGGGCCAGUGCAAACAGGCCCACAGCCCAGGGCCUCAGAAAAUUGGGAGCCUUAAUUUUGGGGUGUAAUUAAAAAAUUAUAAUAAUAAAAAAAUAAAAUAUAUACUUAUUGGCGAAAUUAAUGAACAACUUGGUGUUUGCAGCUUAGCGGUUUGGUUUAUAUGGGUUCUAAUAAUUAACAUUUCUCAAAAUUUAAUUAUAAAAUAAACAAAUUUUAUUUUCAAUAGUUUUAUAUUAUAACCCUUAUAUUCAUAUUUUAAUUUAUUUUUAAUAUUUAUUUAUUGUAAUAUUUAUAUUUUAAUCUUGUGUUUGUGCUUUUUUUUUUUUUAAUUUUAGAGACAAAUAAAAAAUCAAUUCUUUAUUAGGGGUCAAUUUUUUUUAUUUGUCAAAGACCUCUAAAAACUCGGGACCGGCCUUGGGAAAAAUAUUAAUAAUCGAUAUUGUUUUGUCGCUGCUCAUAUUGCUAUAAGAAUCCUUUAUUUAUAACCUUGAAUUAGAGGAAAGGAUGAAAACGAGUUCAAGUUAGUUUAGUUUGAUUAGAUGAGAAUUAUAUUAAUUUUAAGUUUGAUUUGGGUUCAUCACAAAUUUUUUCUUUAAAUUGAACUCAAUUCAAUUAAAGUUCAUGAGUGAAUUGAUUCAACUCGAAAGCUAGAAAUCAAUUGUUUGAUAAGCUAGGUAGCACUUAGUUAUCCAAUCGAUCUAGUUGAACUUAUAAAUAUCAAGGCUAACUAUUCCAUAGUGGAGGAGAAUAUUGACGUCAUGUCGAUGCAAGACUCUUUGUUGCAAAUGUACUAAUCUCUUACACGAUGGAACAAUGGUGUAUCUAUAAGGCCGACACUUCAAUGAUCAAGUCAGUAAGGUUAAAAAUGUGAAAAUUUGUAAAAGAAUAAAAAUGUAUCUGUUACAACAUGUAGACGAGUUUAUAUAUAGUGAACGGUUAAAACCGCUCCCGAUUAGCACGACCCAAAGUGCAGGAGACUGCUAGAUUGGAUCCAAUAGUUGAUGGUGAGCAAGUAGCUCAGAUCUAAAACGUGGCUUUCAGACUAGGGUCCACAUGUUCACUAAUCUUCUAUGAGGGUGUCAUAGAUUGAGCAUCUGGCGUUGGGCCGGUCUUGUUGGGUCAUGUUGCUGGCCCGAAACACUAACCAGUCGGGGACCUCUAAUUUAACAUUGAAUUAACCCCUUCAAGCAUUCAAGAAGAUUUACACUCUUCAAGUGCUAUUAAUUUUAAGGAAAAAUACCUUUUUUAGUCCUGUAUGUUAAUUUCGGGGUUCAUUUUGAUCCCUUAACUUCAACAAAUUUCAUAUUGAUACCUUAACUCUUCGAAAUGUACCAUGUUGGUCCUUCUCGUCUAAUUAGCGACGAAAAAACUAAAAAUCGGUCGCUAAACCAGGCGCUAAUAUGACAAAAAGGACUAAAAUAGUACCUUUUGAAGAUGUAAGGGACCAAUAUUGAACUUUUUGAAGUUAAGAGAACAAAAUGAACCCCGAGGUUAACAUACGAGACCAAAAAGAAUAUUUUGCCAAAUUUUAAAUAAGUAGUGAAACAUAUACUUAUUACAACCUUUGAAUAUCCUCGUACUCCAUGUUUUCAAUUCCGCUAGUUGCAACAUGGCUCAUCAUCCUAGGAUUGAACUUAAAAUAUCGUACAAAUUCUUACUUACGCAAUCAUGUGUUAACCGUUGUUUCAUCUCUAAUAAUCCUUUUCAUAUAUCAUAAGUAAAUUUCUUCUCCAUCUAAAUUAACCUGGCUUCACACAAUUAUCCUAAAUGACAUCUCAAUAUGCCUAACCAUUCCACGGUGAAAGCGACUCAUUGGCAGUUAUAAAGUUUUCAUUUGAUCUAAUCUUGAACUCACCAAAGAUGAACAUCCAAUAGUUUGUUAGAACAUGAAAUGUUUUGAUCAAUAUUUCUAGCUUUGAUGACAACAUUAUAUAUGAAUUUUGUAUAAGACAAUGUGGUACUCUAAUCAUUCACGUUUUCCAUUUCAGGAAAAGUCUAAAAGAGUAUGCACAAAAUCAGCAUUCAGAAGCUCUGACCCAAAAGAUCUGGAUGGCUUCAUCAGAACAUGGUCUGGAAGACAUCAAAAGAUGGUCUUGAGAAAAUCAGAACAUGAUCUGGAAAGCAUCAGAAGAUGGCAGUCAGAAGCAAGGCUCUGAAGAUGUGAUGGUAUCACACUACAAAGCACUUUCAAAGUUUGAUGAUUGAAGUUGCAUCUGCACCAACGCUGAAGACUCUGAUAUUCAAACGUUAUUCUAAUAGUCUGAGUCCAGAAGCAAGUACAAGAUGAAAAGGCUACAACGUCAAAUCUGUCUGACUGACAAAAGGAACGUUAGAAGCUACAAAAGGCAAAGUCAGCAAAAGCAGUUGAAGUAUGGCUCGAGGUAGUUGACAAAAGAGUGAAAUAUUAAAUGCAACAAUGUACUAUUCACGCAAAGCAUUAAAUGCUACUCAACGAUCACAUUUCUCACUGCCUAUAUAAAGAAGUUUUGAUGCUGAAGUAGCUAAUAACUCUCGCUCUAAGUACCAUUACGCUGCCAAAACGCUAUCACACAAAAACAGAAAAGAACUUCAUCUCCAACCUCACAACAUUGUAAUAUCUUAGUGAGUGUUUAGAACUUAAUCUUGAGAGAAAAAUCACUUGGUGAUUAUAGCUUAUUAAGAAGCACAUUAAAUUCUUGUAAUAUUGUUUACAUCUUUGUAAAAGGAAUUUCCUAGAGUGAUAAAGUUGUGAUCUGUAUACUCUAGAAGACUAAGAAGUUGUCUAAGUGGAAAACCAUUGUAAUCAAGGUUGAUUAGUGGAUUAAAUCUUCAGUUGAGGUAAAUCACUCUGUCAGGGGUGGACUGGAGUAGUUUAGUUAACAACGAACCAGGAUAAGAAUAACUGUGUGAUUAUUUUUUUAUCUGCCAUUUUUAGAAACAACCCUUAUUUAAUCCCCCCUUCUAAGUGUUUUCCACUCCUUCAAUUGACAUCAGAGCGCCGGUUUUAGGUGCAAACACUUAACUGUGUUAGACAAAAGAUUCAGGAGAAAAAUACAAAAAUGGUUGAUCCAGUUUCAACUCCUACUGAGCAGAACAACAAUGGUAACAAUGGGAGUAACAACUUUAAUGGAUUCAAUAGACCACCAGUCUUUGAUGGUGAGAAUUUUGAAUAUUGGAAAGAUAGACUUGAAAGUUACUUUCUAUGCCAAGAUGGUGAUUUAUGGGAUCUAGUGUUGGAUGGUUACAAACAUCCAGUAUCUACUCAAGGAGUCAAGCUCACUAGACAGGCUAUGAGUGAUGAUCAAAAGAAAGAGUACAAAAAUCACCAUAAAGCAAGAACUAUAUUGUUAAAUGCCAUUUCAUAUGCUGAGUAUGAGAAGAUCACAAACAGAGAAACUGCUCAUGACAUCUUUGAAUCUCUGAAGAUGACUCAUGAAGGAAAUGCACAAGUCAAGGAGACAAAAGCUCUAGCUCUCAUCCAGAAGUAUGAAGCUUUCAGAAUGGAAGAUGAUGAAAAUAUUGAAGCAAUGUUCUCUAGAUUCCAGACUCUAACUGCUGGAUUGAGAGUUAUUGACAAGGGAUACACUAAAGCUGAUCAUGUUAAAAAGAUAAUCAGAAGUCUACCCAGAAGAUGGGGAUCAAUGGUUACACCAUUCAAGAUUGCAAAGAACUUGAAUGAAGUAUCUAUUGAGGAGCUUAUAAGUGCUAUGAGGAGUCAUGAGAUUGAGCUAGAUGCAAACGAACCUCAAAAGAAAGGUAAGUCUAUUGCUUUAAAAUCUAAAAAUAAAAAUUGUGCUAACGCUUUUCAGGCAGAAGAAGACGGAUCUGACCAGUCAUAGUCAGAAGAAGAAGAAGAUGAAUUGUCUCUCUUAUCUAGAAGGGUGAAUCAACUCUGGAAGAGCAAGCAGAGAAGGUUCAAGAACUUCAAGAGACUUGAAAUGGGAGAAUCUUCUGAACACAGAAGAUCUGGCAAGAAGAAGGUAGUGUGCUAUGAAUGCAAAGAACCUGGACACUACAAGAAUAAAUGUCCUAGGCUUCAGAGGGAAAAACCCAGAAAGAAGUUUGAAAAGAAGAAAGGCAUGAUGGCUACAUGGGAUGAAUCUGAUUCAUCUGAUCAAGAUUCAGACUCUGAAGAUGAGCAAGCUAACAUUGCACUCAUGGCAACAGUUGAUGCUAAAAAAGAAUCUACUUCUGAUUCAGACUCUGAUGAGGUAUUUUCUGAACUCACUAGAGAAGAUUUAGUUUCUAGCUUAUCAGAACUUCUGGAAGUCAAGAGUAAACUUAGUCUCAAACACAAAAAGCUCAAGGAGAUUUUUCCAUCUGAAACUAAGAGAUUUGAAAUAGAAAACUCUGAGCUAAAAGAAAAAGUUUUAAAAUUAACUAAAGAUGUUGAAACUCUGAAAACAUCUUCAUGCUCAGACACGUCUAUUCCAAGCACUAACAAUAUUCUGAAAGAGUAUGACUUGAGCUUCAAAAAGUUCUUAUCUAGAGGUAUAGCCAGAAGUCUGUUAGCCUCUAUGAUCUAUGGUGUUAAUGGAAACAAAAGGAAAGGUAUAGGCUUUGAGGGAGAAAUCCCAUAUAAACUUGAACCUGUUAAUGAAAUGAUCAUUAAAUACAAACCUCUGUAUGAAAAGUUCAAGUAUGGUCACUCUCAUGAUAUCAAACACACAUCACACUCUAAAAGUUUCCAUAUCACACACACAAAGAAACAUGCUGUUGCACAUUCUGGAAAAUCUUAUGUAAAAUCUCAGUUCAAUCAGAACAUGAGAAGGACUAACCCCAAAGGACCCAAAAGAAUGUGGGUACCUAAGGAUAAGAUAAUUCCUGUUGCAGAUCUCCUUCACAGCACAAAAGACAAACAUGUCAUGGUACCUGGACUCUGGGUGCUCACGUCACAUGACGGGAAGAAGGUCUAUAUCCCAAAGUCUGGAACUUAAAUCUGCUGGAGAAGUAAAGUUUGGAGGGAAUCAGAAGGGAAAAAUCAUAGGCUCAGGAACCAUAUGUAUUGGUAAUUCUCCCUCUAUAACUAAUGUUCUUUUAGUAGAUGGUUUAGCUCAUAACUUAUUAUCCGUAAAUCAAUUAAGUGACAAUGGUUAUGACAUAAUCUUUAAUCAAAAGUCUUGUAAAGCUAUUAUUCAGAAGGAUGGCUCAAUCCUAUUUACAGUCAAAAGAAAGAACAACAUUUAUAAGAUUGAUCUUUCAGAUCUUAAGAACCAACAGGUUACUUGCCUUCUGUCUGUUAACGAAGAGCAGUGGGUCUGGCACAGAAGAUUGGGUCAUGUUACUUUGAGAAAGAUCUCUCAGAUUAACAAACUCAAUCUCGAUAGAGGACUCCCUAAUCUGAAAUAUAAAUCAGAUGUUCUUUGUGAAGCAUGUCAGAAAAGGAAGUUUUCAAAACUUGCGUUUAAAUCUAAAAAUGUUGUCUCUUCCUGUAGGCCUUUAGAACUUCUGCACAUUGAUCUUUUUGGCCCAGUCAAAACAACAUCAAUCAGAGGCAAGAAAUAUGGAUUGGUCAUUGUAGAUGACUACUGCAGAUGGACUUGGGUAAAGUUCUUAAAACACAAGGAUGAGUCACAUUCUGUGUUUUUUGACUUCUGUAAUCAGAUUCAAUCUGAAAAGGAAUGUAAAAUUAUAAAAGUCAGAAGUGAUCAUGGUGGUGAAUUUGAGAACAGAUUCUUUGAAAUUUAUUUCAAAGAAAAUGGUAUUGCCCAUGAUUUCUCUUGUCCUAGAACUCCACAACAAAAUGGAGUUGUAGAACGAAAGAAUAGGACUCUACAAGAAAUGGCCAGAACCAUGAUCAAUGAGACUAAUAUGGCUAAGCAUUUAUGGGCAGAAGCAAUUAACACAAAUUGUUAUAUUCAGAAUAGAAUCUCCAUUAGGCCUAUUCUAAAUAAGACUCCUUAUGAAUUGUGGAAGAACAGAAAGCGCAACAUUUCAUAUUUCCAUCCAUUUGGAUGUGUAUGUUAUAUUCUGAAUACUAAAGAUCAUCUGAACAAGUUUGAUUCCAAAGC